UUUGUUGAAUAGAGCUUAUGCAUGAGUAGCUAUUGGGUUUUUCUCAUUUUUAAAUCAAUACGGUUCUCAGAUUGUGCUUGUUUACAAAUUGGGGGAGUGUCCAAUAUUACAGGAAUAAAGCAGCUGAAAAACUCUAUGGGUUUUCUGUUUCGGAGAUUCUUGGGCAGAAUCUGCUCGAGCUUCUUACUGAUGUACAAAACCAUGAUGAAGCAUUCGAAAUAAUACGAAAGAAUUCCACGGGACAGAACUGGACGGGGAUAUUUCCAGUGAAAAAUAGAACAGGGGAACGAUUUGAAGUCAUUGUAACUAAUAGUCCGUUCUAUGAUGAUAAUGGAAAUUUCGUAGGGAUUAUUUGCACCUCCAUUGAUUCAGAGCCCUUUCGAUUAGAAUAUCGGCAUCAGCCUUCAGGGUCCUGUUCCAGCUCUUGUCAGCAUAGAAGUGGUCCAAUAACUGAUUUUCGUUUGCCUCUGCAAGCUGGGAUUGCCUCAAAAAUGUUGAAUCUGGCAUCUCGAGUGACCGACAAUAUCAGGUGGAAAAUGAAGAUUGGUGAGAAUACCUUCAAACCUAAAUGCCUGAAUGGAAAUAGCAAGUAUUUUGAUCAACAGCCCUCAGAAACUGUUCUCUCUGGCCAUAUGAAGGUUCCGAAUUUCAGUGAAGGUAGCACACCAGGAGGAGGAUUGGUUGCAUCUCCUAUUGGUGUUCAUUUUAAACCUACCCAUUUGGAAAUAUCCCCUGGCAAACUUUCCAGAGAACUUGGGAUUGGGGAAGGCAAGUUUGGGUUCCGCAAGAACAUAAGAUCUAGGGCAGAGGCUUGGAUAAGCAAGAAAAAUCAGACAUGGGAAUGGUUGAAUCUUGCACAGGAACCUGACAUAAAUCAACAAAAUAGCUCCAGUAACUCUGGAAAAAUAGAAAUCAGGACUGUUGAAAAUAACCCGUCUGGUAUCGAAGCCUCUACUUCCGGGUCCUCUUUUUCUAAAGCUAACAAUACAAGUAGUUUAAGUACCAGCAGCAAUCCUCUUUAUGAGUUUGACAUGGCAACUGAAUCUUUGCAUUAUGAUAUCAUGUGGGAAGACUUGGCAAUCGGUGCACAGAUAGGGCAUGGUUCAUGUGAAACUGUGUAUCGUGGUCUGUGGUGUGGCUCGGAAGUUGCAAUCAAAGAAUUUUCCCUGUUUGAGUACUCGAAUGACUUGCUACAUUCUUUUAAACAAGAGGUAUUACUUAUGAAGAGGCUUCGACAUCCAAAUAUACUACUUUUUAUGGGAGCAGUAACCACACCUCAGCAUCUGUGCAUUGUUACGGAAUACCUCCCAUGUGGAAGUUUGUAUCAGUUGCUUCAACGUAGCACUACAAGAUUAGACUGGAGGCGCCGUGCUCUCAUGGCUGUGGACAUUGCACGAGGUAUGAAUUAUCUUCAUCGCUGCAGACCACCUAUUGUCCAUCGUGAUUUAAAGUCAUCAAAUUUGUUGGUUGAUAAGAAUUGGAAUGUGAAGGUUGGUGAUUUUGGUCUUUCACGACUCAAACAUGCAACAUACCUCACAACAAAAACAGGGAAAGGAACGCCACAGUGGAUGGCGCCAGAGGUUAUCCGUAAUGAGCCCUCAGAUGAAAAGUCUGAUGUUUAUAGCUCUGGAGUAGUACUAUGGGAGCUUGCCACACAAAAGAUCCCAUGGGAUACACUUAACGAAAUGCAGGUUAUCGGAGCUGUGGGUUUCAUGGACUGACGACUUGAGAUUCCAGAAGACAUAGAUUCUCAUUGGGCUUCUAUAAUCAGGAUAUGCUGGCACAGGUAAUUGUUUAGUGGCGAAUUCUUUGUUGAUCAAUUUAAAUUUCUUUUGGUAGUCUCAGUUAGACCGAUUUAAAUUGAUUUUGUUCUUUAUCCAUGGCUUCUCUUAAAUGUAGCCCACACUUUUAUUAAUUAUAGCCCAAAAAAUUUAAGCUAAAAUGAAAAAUCAA